AUGCACAGGCGCUCGUCCGAACAUUCGGACGGGACUGGACAUUCCUUGAGUACUCAGUAUCAGCAUCGCUCUCAGUCUCGCGUGUCGACCGAUAGUGGUCAUGGAGCUAGCAGCACCGCUUCCACUACCGCAGAUACUCAACUGGAAAUAGCUGCCCCCGUCGCCAGCAAUUCGGACCAUCGCCUCAACCAUUCUGUCUCUUCGCCCCGUUCUCGGAAUCCAAGCGCCGUACGAAACUCUUUCUCCUCUUCCUCCUUUGCCGCUGCUGCGCAUGCCUCCCCAACGCCGACGUCCACAAAGCCAGCGGCCGCGAUGAUGCCCUUGGCGUCCCGGCAGCUCUCCUUUGAGAGCUCGCUGGAGACCCAGCGCAGUCGACACCGGCUUCGCAGCCCAUGGUCGGUGUCCAUCCUGACACUGUCCACUGCGCUUGCUGGUAUAUUCUUCUUUCUUUUCAUCAUGCAUUCCUUUGUGAACCGGCCUGUCGGAGUCGAUGGAUGUCAGGUUCCCGUCAUGAGUCCGACAUAUCUGCGGAUGGUCGGAUUCGAUGCGGAACACACUCGCUUUGCAAGCAAAUAUAAUCUCUAUCUUUACCGAGAGGAAGGCGUCGACCAUUACUCGCAAGAGAACAUCGGGCUUAGCGGCGCACCCGUAUUAUUUCUCCCUGGCAAUGCCGGCAGCUAUAAACAAGUACGUUCGCUAGCCGCGGAAGCCUCAAGGCAUUAUCGAGAGGUCAUCGCGCACGAUCAGGAACGCCUGGAUACGGGAACCCGGAGUUUAGACUUCUUCAUGAUCGAUUUCAACGAAGAUAUGGCAGCCUUUCAUGGACAGACCCUUCUGGACCAGGCGGAGUACGUCAACGAAGCUUUAGCAUAUAUUCUUUCACUAUACCACGAUCCGAAUCGCUCCCACCGUGACCCAAGCCUACCCGAUCCUAGUUCCGUCAUCCUGGUCGGUCACUCAAUGGGUGGCGUUGUAGCACGCACUGUCUUGACAAUGGCCAACUAUCAAGCAAACUCCGUAAACACAAUCAUCACCAUGUCAGCUCCACAUGCAAAGCCCCCGGUAUCCUUUGAUUCAGACAUCGUCCAUACAUAUAAACAGAUAAAUGAUUACUGGAGAGGCGCUUAUUCGCAAGAAUGGGCCAACAACAACCCUCUUUGGCAUGUGACCCUCAUCUCCAUUGCUGGAGGAGCUAGAGAUACUAUUGUUCCAUCUGACUACGCUAGUCUCUCUUCUCUUGUCCCUGAAACUCACGGUUUCACAGUCUUCACGUCUAGCAUCCCUGGUGUCUGGGUUGGGACUGAUCAUCUUUCAAUAACUUGGUGCGACCAGUUCCGAAAAGCCGUUGUCAAGUCGCUUUUUGAAGUGGUGGAUGUUCACCGGCCAAGUCAGACAAAACCUCGAGCAGAACGAAUGCGUAUCUUCAAGAAAUGGUUUCUCACUGGUAUGGAGUCGAUUUCGGAGCGGACACUUCCUCAGCAAGACCCGAAUUUUCUCCUUACAUUAGAAUCCAACACCAACACUAUUCUGUCUCAGGGCGAACGUCUUGUACUACGCGCAUUAGGAAAUCAUAAAGAACCAGAAGCGCAUUUGAUGCCUAUUCCUCCUACGGGAGUUCCGGGAAAAAAGUUUACCCUUCUCACGGAUCAGCCAUUCGACGCGGCAGAUGGAAACUUGGAAGUACUUUUCUGUACUGUCUUCCCUAUGCAAGCAGGACGUGGAUCCUCCCUCUUCUCGAUGAACAUGGAUCUCUCGCGCGGUGGAUCAGGAUCUACACGGCUGGCAUGCAAAAAUGCUGCUUCAGACAGGAUACUCCUUCCGGCAUCUACAUCAUCGUCACAAAAAGUUUUUAGUGAUGGUCAACCUUUUUCGUAUCUUCAGUACGACUUAGAAGAAUUGGCUGAACACCAAUUUGUCGCAGUUGUAGAUAAGGCAACGUCUCGAACUACCGGAUGGGUGAUUGCCGAGUUCUCAGAUAGCUCAGAUGCAAUAAUUCCAACGCGUGUAGGAUUGGGCCGUUUGCUUAGUGCUGGACUUCAUAUGAAGCUGCCCGCCAACAGGCCAAUGCUUACAGAAGUCAAAAUUCCGUCGUUGCAUUCCAGUUUACUCGGAUACAAGCUUUCGGUGCAAACUUCGGGCUGCUCUGACUCUACUCCGCUCUUCGCCCCCUUGCUACGCCAGUCGAUGCCGGAACCCCAUGAGUCGAAAUUCUUCGUCAAUGUUCAUGAUGUUGAUGUUAAUCUUCACGGUGUGGCGCCAUACAUGCCCCCGUCUCUACGUGAACAAGCAGCGUACGGCGUAUCGUUCCACCUGUGGUCAGAUCCGACAUGUUCGUCGAACGUUGACCUAUCCUUGACUGUCAGUAUUCCCAACAGUUUCGGGGAGCUAGUUAUGCGGUAUAGGACCGUAUUUGCAGCAUUUCCGCUACUAGUUGUUGCCCUUGUAUUGCGCAAACAAUUCAAGGUUUACGACGAAACCGGCUACUUCAUCACUUUCAUGGAAAGCUUGAAUCUGUGUCUCCCAUCCUCGCUUGCUUCUAGCAGAAGACUUCCUUCCAAUGAUGACCCCUUUCAUUGGCGCAAUAACUCUACGGAGACAGCCGUUGAUUUUACCAAAUACGAUCUUCUUCUUGGCGCGCAAGAUGCAUUUUUCUGGUUUCUAAUUCCUCUGUUCGGUCUGGUCAGCAUUGGUGCCUGUGUUGUUAUUAAUUACGCAUCGCUUGUAAUUCUGAACGUUCUGUCUUCUGUGUAUGGAAUGCUUCGGACCAGGACUGGUUACAUCCGUCGCGAUGAACGAGGGAACGGGCCGAUUUUUUCACAUCCGAGUCCUCGCCGAAGGGUUAUCAAUGCUAGCAUAUUGCUCGUGUUUGUUGGAACCGUUAUUCCAUAUCAGUUUGCAUACAUGGUCGCAUGUAUGGUGCAAGUUGCGACAUGUGUGCGGGCACUCUGGCACGUAAGGGAAACGCGCCUGGCAAUCAACGCGAGUUUCUUUAAUUAUGCGCAUUCGAUUUUUACCCUCAUGCUCUGGGUACUCCCGAUCAACAUUCUUGUACUGGUAGUCUGGGUACACAACCUGGCUGUACAUUGGUUGACGCCGUUUUCUUCUCACCACAACGUAUUAUCCAUCAUGCCAUUCUUGAUUCUUGUAGAGACAAUGACGAGCGGUUUGAUGAUUCCGCGAAUAUUCUCACGGGCCAAGCACAUCACUUACAUCCUCCUCCUUUGUCUCGCCGGCUAUUCAGCUGUCUAUGGCGUCUCAUACGCCUACCUACUCCACCAUGUGGCCAAUAUCUUCUCGGCCUGGCUUGUUAUCGUUUACCUCGUAUCAGGCGGGUUUUCCGUCCAACACAUCAUUCGAAUACUGAAGACGGAUGACCAUCAUCAUAAUAUUAUCAACAUAAAGAGUGGCAGUAAUAGUGGGGGCGUCUUGGAGAAAGAUACGGGGAAACACCAUAUUAAAAAGAAGCCGUGA